AGAAAUAUCACUUGUAGGCGUCGCAGUGUUACCAGAAACCACCCUCGCCGACACACCUUCGUGAUCCUCGUUGAUCCUCAGUGUUACCAGAAACCACCCUCGCCGACACACCUUCGUGAUCCUCAGUGUUACCAGAAGCCACCCUCGUCCUCCACACACCUUCGUGAUCCUCAUUGACACCAGUGUUACCAGAAACCAUCCUCGUCCACACACUCCCGGCUUCGUCAGACCCAGACCCAGCUGACACACACCCACACACACGCGUCAUGGGGAAGUGCAUCGCCUACGUCGCCGCCGCCGUCGUCUUCCUUGGCCUCGGGGCGCUCAUAGCUGGUCUUGCUGUGUGGUACUCGGUGCCCGAAGUCUCCGAAAAGUUUACGUCUGAGAGCCGACUGGCCAAGUGCGUACUCGAGUCUUCCUCAGGAGUUUCUGGAACCAUCAUGUUCCGCGAGAGCUCUGAGCCGGCGCCUGUUGAUAUCACCGGAAACAUCACAGGACUGAGCCCCGGCAAGCACGGCUUCCACAUCCACGCCUUCGGGGUCUCGGGCGCCGACUGCAAGGCCGCCGGCGGGCACUACAACCCCUUCGGAAGCAACCACUCCGCGCCCGACGCCACCCAACGCCACGUCGGGGACCUCGGCAACAUCCUCGCCGGGGAAGACAGCGUCGCCCACGUUGAUAUUCUGGACGACACGGUGACUCUGUUCGGGUGGUACUCCGUGCUGGGUCGUGCCGUGGUCGUGCACGCCGGCGAGGACGACCUGGGCCUCGGCGGGAACGACGGGUCCCUCUCCACGGGCAACGCGGGGGGUCGUGUGGCCUGCUGCACCAUCUUCGCCGUCCCUGAGUAGAGG